AAGUUUCCGAAGCUUAGAGGAACACAAUGACUUGGAUCAAACAGCCUAAAUGGGAAGAAGGGCAUUUUUGCUGCAUCAAGGAAGCCGUUAAAAUCCUGCUAAGCGAACUAGCUCUUUUUUAUGCGUCCAUGCACAGGACCGAAUUCCUCUUUCACUGACCGGAGAUUUCUGACAAUCCAGGAUAUCCCGAAAGCCUGGAGACAUAUGGCUGGAAAAUGAAACGACCCAGGACAUCGUUUGUAGCUGCAUUAUUAUUUUGUGUCGCGUAGUACCAGAUGGGCAGUCAGUGAACGGCGCAGGGAUGUGAACGGACGGUUUAAUAAUGUGAAAUUUUUCCCCUGGUAAAACUAAAACAGAUUCUCAUUUCCCUCUCUUUUCUUUCAGUGCUUGCUUCCCCCCCCCCCCCCACCCUCUGCAAUAUCAGUGAACUCAACUUUGCAGUGAGGUGGCCAAAAAGAAAGAGAAUGAGGCGGUCUAGACCAUCUUAAUGUCGGAGGAGUUGUGGCGGCCGGCGAACUGCAGCUGCGACCCCCCGUGUCCUGUGCGGAUUUCAGGGCUGACACUGCGCGGGUGGUUAUGGAGAGGACGGUGCCCCGGAGCCGCGGAGGAUAGAGACCCUGGCGCCCCGAGAGGUCUGCUGAUCUCGCGGCAGCCUUCGAGGCUGUGGCUGCCUCUCGUCUGCUUCGUUUUAUUACCAUUAUCGCCAUUCUCGAAAAGUCAUGGAAGACAGCCCGCUGCCAGAUCUCAGAGACAUCGAGCUGAAGCUGGGGCGCAAAGUACCUGAGAGCCUAGUGCGCUCUCUCCGUGGGGAGGAGCAGGUUCCCAGGGAAAGAGACACGGACCCCCGCGGAGGGAGCGGUGGCGGCUGCAGUAGCAGCAGCAGCUGCUGCAGCUUCCCUCCCUCCUUGUCGUCCUCCUCUUCGUCCUCCCCAACCUCUGGCUCCCCACGAGGUAGCCACUCCAGCGCCCUGGAGAAGCUAGAAACCAAGCUACACCUCCUCAGGCAAGAGAUGGUUAACCUCAGAGCCACAGAUGUCCGGCUCAUGCGCCAGUUGCUCGUAAUCAAUGAGAGCAUCGAGUCCAUCAAGUGGAUGAUCGAGGAGAAAGCCACCAUCACCAGCAGAGGCAGCAGCCUCAGUGGCAGCCUGUGCAGUUUGUUGGAGAGUCAGAGCACCUCCUUACAUGGUAGCUAUAACAGCCUACAUGAUGGCAGUGAUGGGCUGGAUGGCAUUUCCGUGGGAAGUUAUCUGGACACAUUGGCGGAUGAUGUCCCAGGCCACCAGACCCCUUCAGACUUGGACCAAUUCAGUGACAGCUCCCUAAUAGAGGACUCACAGGCACUACACAAGCGUCCCAAAUUGGAGUCUGAAUACUACUGUUUUGGCUAGUGACACAGUUUUUUGCAUGGGACUGGUGUGCAAUUAACCUGUAUUUAUCCUUCUCUGCUGCUAUAUUUUUGGUGUGGUUUUUAUUUUAAUAAGAUGACCCUUUUAAAAGAAGCUGAUUUUGAAACUGCUUAAUGGUAUUUCUGUUGCUCCUAAUACUUCUCAUCUGAACUGAUUUAUUUUUCUCUGUUACAUCUCUAUUUUUUAUUUAUUACAAUGAUUUUCUCCCUUCUUUUACAGUGGCACAAACAAAGCAGGGGGAAGAGAAUAAGCAAUAAUUAUGUUUUUGCUUUUGUUUUCAGAGCAAUGGGUCAGGGAUUAAAAGAAAAACUUUGCUAAAUUUUACAAUAAACCAAAGUCUAAUAACAGU